AUGAGCAUCACUCUCAAUAAGAAGACUUUCUUGGUACUGUUGGCGCUCUCCUGUGUUGCCACAUGUUGGUGCUAUCCUCUUCGGGAUGGUCCCGAACGUCCCGAAGGUCAAGAAAAUGAAAGCCUCGGAGGACAAGAAAGUCGGGAAAGAAAAGGCCCCGGAGGUCGCGAAGGUCAAGAAAGAGAAGGCCCCGUAGGACAAGAAAGAGGAGGCCCCGGAGGUCCCGGAGGUCAAGAACAAUCACAACCAUGCAGACAAGCACCACCAACAGAAGGCCCCGGAGGUCCCGAAGGUCAAGAAAAGGAAGGCCCCGGAGGACAAGAAAAUGAAGGCCCUGGAGGUCCCGGAGGUCCAGAAUGUCAAGAACAAUCACGACCUCGCAGACAAGCACCACCAACAGAAGGCCCGGGAGGACAAGAAAUUGAAGGCCCUGGAGGUCCCGGGGGUUCCGAGGGUCCCGAGGGUCCCAAAGGUCCCGAAGGUCAAGAAAAGGAACACUUCUGA